GAGAAGAAAAGAAAUCGUAAAAAAUUUUUGGGAAUCAUAAAAAUUUCCUCUGCACUCAAGAACACCGCCAAGAGAGCGAGAGAGAGAAAAAUUUCUCCGUCGUUGAAACCAAGAACACAGAGCGGCGCGGCGUAGGGCCGAUUCAAAAUCGRAAGGAGAAAUCAGAGAGAGAGAGAUGCGUUGCUACGGAUUGGCUUUAUCCGGCACCGAUUCACGUUGCUAUCUGCCGGCGAUGCCUCCGAUCUUCUCUCCGAGAAGAGCCUCUCCGCYGGAGGGAAAUUCGCAGGUUUCGUUUCCCAAAUCGGUCCGGCAUCCCUCGGCGUCUGUCAGAGCUAAGGCCGUCGUCAACGAGGUGCUGGUGUCGGAGGCCGUCGAGCUGAGCUUCUACGAGCUCUUGGGAGUGCCGGAGUCGGGGUCGCUGGUGGAGAUUAAGCAGGCGUAUAAGCAGAUGGCUCGGAAGUAUCAUCCGGACGUCUCGCCGCCGGACCGGAUCGAGGAAUAUACCAGGAAGUUCAUCAAGGUUCAGGAGGCGUACGAGACGUUGUCCGAUCCUGGAACGAGAGCGCUGUAUGAUAGAGACAUGGCCAGAGGUCUUCACCUCGCUUUCUCUGCUCGAAGACGCCACGACAACUGUGAGGACAUGGAAGAGAAAAGUGGGUGGAAGAACCGUUGGGAGGAUCAGCUGUCAGAAUUGAAGAGAAGAAGCAUGUACAAGGAUUCAAGAGAAAACAUGUCAUGGGGAGCUCGAAUGCGCAGGCAAAAGAACAUAUGAUUUGGUUUUUCCCCUGCUCUAAAACUUCCAAACAUCCUGCACAUAGCACUGAUAUAGUUAUAUAUACCUAGCUAGAUUCAAUAAUUUAGCCCUCUUUUAUACACUUAGCCUACUGAUCUCUAUAGAACUUUCAACUUCCUCUGUGAAACCCAAAUUUCUCAGUCUGCAAAUUKGGAAGUUGUUCCACAGGGAAUGUAAAUCACUAGCAAAUUAGUACUGAAUGUAUAUAUAUGGCAGAUAUGGCAAAUAGAGUUUCUUGAAUAUAUGAGUUUACCAUACCAUACUGACCUUUAGAACAAUCUAUCCAUGAUUACUUGAUCUUAA